CCUCUUCCAGUCCACUUACUGCACUGGCUGCAUGAUAUUUUGGCUCUGCACUGGGCAGUGAAGCGCAUGUCCGGCACGUCAGCUGGGGCAAGCAUCCGCUUAUGACAUCUGCGUGGCUGCUACCGUCGAGCAACAACGAACCCACAGCGACAAAAGCGGGCAGCUCGGGGUUCUCUUGACAACAGAUGGGAUCAUCGCAGAUACCGGCUCGUGGAACGCUUCCACCACCACCGUCACGCGUGACCACACAAUUCUCCAAACACAGGCACACUCACAACAUCGGAGUCAUCUCAUCUGACCUCCGACCUGGCUGUUCGGAGCUUACGCAUAUGUCAUCACAGCUUCCACCAACGCUAUGCACACCAAUUCACACUAGCCAAAGGCGGCGCAGCGGCAAUCGCGAGCGCCGCGGCAUCUCAAGCGCCACGGUAUUCCUGUCCUGGCUCCAGGCUGUCCACCUUCCGUUGACGCUUUGGCCCUCGAGUCAUGCUAUGGCCUACUAUGGCCAACAAUUCAGUGCUGCACGUCGCGUGUUACCAAGCCUGUGCCUGUCCUGUCAACUUAACCUUUGGCCUCCCUCGAUCAGGCAACACGCUUUGCCUCGAACUGUUCUCCUGGUUAGCCACUGCUGACAAAAGGUAUCAUCCGUAUCGCAAAGCAAGUCUCGGGGCACGGUAUUUGAGGGUCAUGAGCUGACAAUACGUCGGCUUUGCGUUAGAGACACAAUCUCUACCGCCGUAUCCCCAACUGCAGUAAUUCUCAGUGAUCCUCGACUCAGUACG